AAUUACACAAGUCUCGUAUUCUCUCAUUCCAAUCUCAUGAUCAGGGCGUCAUUCACCCAGUUAUGGCUGAAAUAACUUAAAGGUCACAUUGAUACACACGAUGGCAUUAUCUGAGUCUCAAAUACCACCUGACGCCCAGCAUUAUUUGGUGUGUGGCACUGAAGACUGUGAGAAGAACUGCCAGUUUUACUGCAAUGACUGUCACCAUCCAAUGUGUGAACAAUGCAGAUAUGGACAUCAGAAGAGUCCAGACACCAAGGGCCACGAAGUAGUACCUUAUAAGCAACGCAAACGUCAGCUUCCGAUGCAGAAAUGCAAGAUCCACCCCACAAAAGACAUAGAUAUUCUCUGUGAGGAAUGCCAAAUUCCCCUUUGCUCUAAAUGUGCAACCACUAAAGAUCAUCGCGGUCAUGUGUUUACCGACCUAGAAAUGGUCUUUACCGAAAAAUGUUCGUAUUAUAACGUAGAAAUUACUAAAAUUCGAAGCUAUUUUGAGCCUACUUCUCAAGAUCUGAAACAGGAAAUUGCGAGAGAUGUAACAGAAAUAAAGAAGAUCAUGGAGGGUAUAAGAACAUCCAUGAAGGCUGAAGCUGAGGCUGUGAAAAAGCUGGUAGAUACAGUCACAUCAGAUAAAAUAGAACAAGUCAACAAAAUAGAACAGUCAUUAUUACAAACAAUAAACAGUCAAAACCAAGAAAUAGAUGACUACAUCAACUAUCUCAAUGAUUUAAUCAAAACAUUUUAUGGUUACUUAUCUCCCUCAAACAUAGAACAAUUAACAUUUGCCCUCAAAUCUGAAAACUUGAUCAUAAGACCCAUACCAGAGACAUCUAAACCAGUCCCACCCGUAUUUACUGCUGGUCAAUACAGCAAGGAAGAUGUUGCCAAACUACUGGGUAGGAUAACUGUUCCAAACAUUAAGCCAGAGAACAGAAAAAUAAAACCCAUGGAGACUGUCCCUAUUCAGUUGAAACCUACAGGGAAACAGAGAAAACAAGAAAUAGAGAAAUCUGACGUGAAACAAACACUGUCUCUGUCUUUCUCUGUCACCAAGGCCAGGGAGUACACAGUACCAGGUGUUAGCAGUGUAUAUCAUAUAUCACUGGGUAAAUCAGGCAGACUCUGGGUCAGUGAUAAUAUUGGUAACCUUGUCCAAACAGAUCUACAGGGAAAUCAGCUACAGAAGAUACAAACCAGUGGUGAAUCUGAUGGCUACCACACAGUCACACAGGACGGGGAUCUGAUCUAUACAGACAGAUACAACAAAGUCAUCAAUAGGAUAACACCGGAUAAUACAAUCACUGAAUUCAUUGAAACAGGGGACUGGGGACCAAUCAGUGUACACUGCUCCCACAUCAACGGGGACAUACUGGUGGGAAUGUAUACAGAUGAAGAGGGUAAAGUCAUCAGGUACAACAAGACAGGGACAGAAAUACAGAACAUACAGAGAGACAACAAAGGACAGGGCCUAUAUAGUUACCCACACUUCAUCACAGAAAACAUCAAUGGUGAUGUCUGUGUAUCAGACUGUACCAAUGCUGCUGUAGUGGUGGUGGAUAAAUCAGGACAACACAGGUUCUCCUACACAGGUCAGGGGUCAGGGAUUCUUCCCUUUGGAAUAUGUACUGAUGUACUCGGUCACAUCCUGGUGUGUGAUGUUAACAGUGACACAGUUCAUCUCCUGGAUCAGGACGGUCAGUUCUUGUCUCUACUACUCACACCACAACAAGGGGUAAAGCUUCCCCGUAGUGUGUGUGUGGAUGAUGAGAACAAUCUCUGGGUGGGACAACCCACCAACACAGUGACAGUGUACAAGUAUCUACAGUGAACAUUAUAUAUCCAAACAAUAAUUACAUGUAUGUACUAUGUGUGUGUUGUGAGACAAUGUAACAACAACACUGUGACAGUGUACAAUGACUGGUAUCUACAGUAUACAUUGGAGUACAUAUCAUUCAUGUAAACAUGUGUAUGUUAAUUUGUAAAUAUAAUAAUUAUAUAGAAUAAUUUAACUGCUGAAGAGUUAUAACUAUUAAAUAUACAGGUAUUAACA